AUGCAAACACCUGUGGUUUCUGAUGAGGUUCUUCAUUGGUCAACACCCAGCAUGGAAGUGUACGCCAUCAUACCCAGGAGGACAAUGCUGCCAACGACCUCUUUCCUGUUUCUCCAAAGAUGGGUCUCAGAUACAGUCAGUUACAGUGUAGGGGAACAGUUACAGUGUAGGGGAACACAUGCAGCCAAUGAUCACACUUUCAAGGCAUUACCCAAAGGAACCUGGCUGGGCCUGUGGUCCUGGGCCACUACGAGCUGCACCAUCGAGAAGAUCCUGACAGAUGCCAAGACGCUGCUGGAGCGGCUGCGGGAACACGACGCGGCCGCAGAGUCGCUGGUGGAUCAGUCCGCCGCGCUGCACCGGCGGGUGGCCGCUAUGCGGGAGGCGGGGACGGCGCUUCCGGACCAGUAUCAAGGAGAUGCACCCGAUAUAAAGGACAUGUCCAAAUUCAAACUUCACAUUCUGCUGUCCCAAGAGAAUACACAGAUUAGAGACUUGCAGCAGGAAAACAGAGAGCUAUGGGUUUCCUUGGAGGAACACCAGGAUGCUUUGGAACUCAUCAUGAGCAAGUACCGGAAACAGAUGUUACAAUUAAUGGUUGCUAAAAAGGCUGUGGAUGCUGAACCAGUCCUGAAAGCUCACCAGUCUCACUCUGCAGAAAUUGAGAGUCAGAUUGACAGAAUCUGUGAAAUGGGAGAAGUGAUGAGGAAAGCAGUUCAGAUGGAUGAUGACCAAUUUUGUAAGAUUCAGGAAAAACUGGCCCAAUUAGAGCUUGAAAAUAAAGAACUUCGAGAAUUACUGUCCAUCAGCAGUGAGUCUCUUCAGGUCAGGAAGGAAAACUCAAUGGACACUGCUUCCCAAGCCAUCAAAUAACUCAACUUCUGAAUGACAGCUGUUUAUCAAGGAAGGAAAUUAUCUUUCUAUUUGAGUAUUGUCCAUUUAGUGUCUUGCCUCAGACUUGAUUUAAUGUUUAUUAAAGGUAUCAGGUGGCAGUUUA